AUGCAAAAUGAGCUGCUCGGACGAUUCGAGCGUAAACACACCACCGAAAAAAAAGCUCGUACAAACAUUGUAAAGCGUCGUCGACCUCAAAAGUUCCGCGAUAUUUGGUUGUUGGAAAGUGACUUCAAGAACUGGUUGACCCGAGAUUUGGACAGUAAAUACAAAGCAAAAUGUACUCUGUGUAAAACUAGUUUAACCUCAGAAAUCGCAGUUAUCCGAAAUCACGCAAAAACUCGCUCCCAUAUGUUGAAGAUCGAGUCGAUAUCGAAAAAUAAUCAACAAACCAUUGAUACUUUUGUUGGUCAAAAUAAAAUCACAGAAAAUUCGAUCAGCACAUCUGUGAAAAGAGCCGAAAUAAAACUUUGCGGAUUUAUGGUGGACCACAACAUACCAUUCAGAGUGAUUCUCAAAGAUUUACAAUUAAAAUCAACAAAAGCUACCGCGAUUGUUAAGAACGUACUUGGAGAAUCUCAGAAGGAAAUUUUGACUAAAAAGUUGCAGUCCACAAAAUUCAGCAUUUUGAUCGACGAAUCUACGGACAUUUCCGCCAUAAAAACUUUAUGCAUAAUCGUCAGAUUUUAUGAUGCCGAAGAAGGGAAAGUUGUAAGCCGGUUUUGGGAGCUCUGCCAGAUCUUUGAAAAGGACACAAACAUUGACAAGGCCUCUGCUGAACAUUUGUUCAACUUCCUCGUUGCCUCGUUCGAAAAACGCGACGUGCCUUUUGCCAAUGUUAUUGGAUUCGCAUCGGAUGGAUGCAGUACCAUGAUGGGCUGUAAUAAUUCCGUGGCCAGUCGAUUUCAAAGUUACUGCCGUGGCAUAUCGAUCUUUAAGUGCAUAUGUCAUUCGAUGCAUUUAUGUGCGAGUGAAGCUUGCAAGGCUUUUCCACGAGCAUGCGAAGAUCUAGCACGUAAUGUGUACAACUUCUUCAAAUCAAGCUCGAAAAGACAAUUCGAGUUGCAACAAUUUCAAUCUUUCCUCGAUUUGAAGAUCCAUAAAAUGCUCCAUCCGUCACAAACCCGGUGGCUUUCUCUAGAAGCUGUUGUUAAAAGACUCAUUGAGCAAUGGGAAGCGUUGAAACUUUUCUUUAUCGAGAAACGCUUUACCGAAAGAUUGGCUGCCGUUGAUACGAUUUUGUUUUGGUUGGAUGAUCCGCUCUUUCGAAUGUUUUACUUGUUCUUGGAAUGGGUUUUGCCAAAGUUCACUCAACUCAACAAAUUAUUUCAAUCUGAGAAACCAGUAAUUACUACAAUGUACGAUUCUAUCAGUUCAACAUACAUAGAAUUACUGAAGAGUUACAUGGAUAGUGACUAUAUCAAUAAGACAGAUAUACAAAACAUAGAUCCAUCAAAAGCUGAUAAAUUUUUGUCACCAGAACAAAUGUAUUUGGGAGUAAAAGUGGCAACCUUCCUACAAAAACCUGACAUUCAGAAAAAUAAUAAUCUGAAAACCGAUUUUUGGAAGAAUACCCGACAGUUUCUGGUCGUUGGUUGCCUCCAAAUAAAAAAACGUUUUGAUUUUAAUGACGUUGUUCUACAAAAAAUGUCAGCUUUGCAACCGGAAAAUGCAAUGAUGGACAAAACCCGAAAAACUGUCCCUAGUCUAUUGCCUUUGAUGCAGUGUUUACCUCGGAUCGUCAAUGCGGAAGAAUAUCAGGCAAUUGACGAUGAGUGGCGAAAGCUCCCACGUUUCGAGCUCCCUGGAGACAUCAACGUUACUGAUCAAUCUGAUAUUUUUUGGCACAAGCUUGCAAAUUGUGAUGAAAAUGAUCAAAUUGGCUAUUCUUUCAAGAAUUUAGCGAAAUUUGUUUUAAACGUAAUAUCGCUCCCACAUUCUAACGCCGAAUGUGAGCGUACGUUUAGUGCCGUAAAUUUAAUUAAAACAAAAACAAGGAAUAAAUUGGUAACACCGACAGUCAAUGGGGUACUUUUGGCUAGUCAGCGAGUCAAAAAAAAUUGCAUCGCUUUCGAACCCGUAGCUGGAGAGUAUAAGCGAAUGACGAAAAAAACGCUUUACCCGAAAUCGCUCACGAAUUGCAAUGCAAAGUCUAGCAAUAUCAAUGAUCAAAAUCAAAACGUAGAUGAUUUGGAAAACCAGGAAGACUUCGAUGAGAUCUCAAUACUUUAUUGA